AUGUUUCGCCCCCUCCUCUCCCUUCGACCACUUGGCGCAACCACCAUCCGAGCAACCAUCCUCGCCCGAGCAUCGCAACUUCGACGACAGUCGACCGUCUCCAAGCCGUUUGUCCUAUUCGAUCCCGCUCGCGUACCCCGCUACCACCCCGAUAAGCCGUCCGCAGCGAUGAAGUCGUACACGCAGCACUUUCCCUCCGAAUCCGCGCCCCUCGUUCGACUGGACUUCAACGGCGACACCCGCAUCUGGGUGCUAACCUUCCUUGGCAAGGAAACGCCUGACAAUCGGCUCACGCACAAGUUCAUUGCGGAAGGUCUGCUUCUCGCCCUCUCCCACGUCGAACAACGAUGGGCGGAGAUGCUCAACUCGGGCGAAUCCGACCAGGGAGCAGCACUCAUCUCUACCGGUGGCACCGAUGCCUCUGCCAAGAUCUACUCCAACGGCCUCGAUUUCGAAAAAGCCAUCGAGGACCCAAGCUUCUUUGAUACGCAUCUCAACAAUCUCUAUGAGAAACUCCUCACUUUCCCCAUCCCGACGAUCGCCGCGUUGAACGGACACGCCUUUGCGGCGGGAUUCGGUCUGGCUUGCGCCCACGAUUAUCGGGUGAUGAACGGGAAGCGCGGCUACCUGUGCAUGAACGAGAUCGAUUUCGGUGCUCCCUUGCCGCAUGGACUGCAACAGGCGCUGGCGAGCAAGAUCGCCGAUCAGCGGACCAUGAGGAAGAUCGUUCUCGAAGGUCAUCGUUUCAGCGCCAAAGAGGCGUUUGAUGAGGGCUUUGUAGAUGUCCUCUCCGACAGCCCCCAGGAUACCUUGGACAAAGCAACAGAGUUGGCAGGGAAGUUGAAGAUCAAAGCAAAGAUGAACGCUUGGGGCGCCAACAAGGAGGUGGUGUAUGCCCAGGCGAUCAAGGUGUGCAGGACCAAGCACGAUGUUGCUACCGAGGCGCUCUAUGCCCCUCGCGCCAAGUACUAG